AUGGAAGAACAUAUAAUUCCAAUUCCUCCAGAAACGAAGGAAUCAAAUGAUCGUGAAACAAAUAUAAAAAAUCAUAGGGAAUCAAUUGAUCGUAUUUUUGUUUCUCAAUAUAUGAAAGAUACUGGCAACACUUAUAUUGUUACUUAUAGUGAAAAGUGCAAUUCAAUCCUUGGAUGGUCAGUUGAUAACAUUGAAAAUGAUGGACAACAAGAACCCGAUGAAUUUUAUAA